AUGGCAGAGGGUCAGAAAAAGCCUGAACAAAGAGAUGGGAAGCCGGUGUCUCUGUCGCCGCUGGAGUCCCAGGCACACAGUCCCAGGUACACGGCAUCCAGCCAGCGGGAGAGCGAGAGCCUGGAGGUGCGAGUGCGGGAGGUGGAGGCGGAGAACCGCGCCCUCCGGAGGCAGCUCAGCCUGGCCCAGGGCCGGGCCCCAGCCCAUCGCCGCGGCAACCACUCCAAGACCUACUCCGUGGAGGAGGGUACUGGGGACAGCGAGAACCUCCGGGCUGGCAUCGUGGCGGGCAACAGCUCUGAGUGUGGGCAGCAGCCGGUCGUGGAGAAAUGCGAGACGAUCCAUGUUGCUAUCGUCUGUGCCGGAUAUAAUGCCAGCCGGGAUGUCGUCACUUUGGUCAAGUCCGUCCUGUUCCAUAGACGAAACCCUCUGCACUUCCACCUCAUUGCAGACUCCAUCGCAGAGCAGAUCCUGGCCACACUCUUCCAGACCUGGAUGGUGCCCGCUGUGCGUGUAGACUUCUACAAUGCAGACGAGCUCAAGUCUGAAGUUUCCUGGAUCCCCAACAAACAUUACUCUGGGAUUUAUGGUCUGAUGAAGCUCGUCUUGACCAAGACUCUUCCUGCCAACCUGGAGAGAGUCAUUGUCCUUGACACAGAUAUCACCUUUGCAACCGACAUUGCAGAGCUGUGGGCAGUAUUCCAUAAGUUCAAAGAUUGUUCGAGAGGUGACGGCAUGGCAGAAUAUACUGCCUUUCAAAACAGGGUGCACGUGGCCCCCUCCCCAUUGUCCUCCCUUCUGCCCCUGGGUUCUCAUCCUCAUGUCAGGCACUGUCCAAAGCCCCCAGGACUAGGACAGCACAUCCUUACACUUG